AUUUGCAUGAGACCACGCCCCCUUUGACAGAUUCUUCCGCAUCAUGAAAGGUUUAUCAGCGGCGGCGAUUAGAAAUAAAGUGAGAGAGAUCAAAGCGCUCAGGGGGUACGGUCUCUGUGGGUGACAAAGAUGGAGGGCAGGAGAGGACGAGUUACUCAUCGAGGUUCACUUAAGGAAGUAAACAUGAGGGAUAGAGACGGCACAGACAGAGGAGGAGACGUUCAUAAGAGCAGGAACGGAAGUGUGGAGCUGGACAGGAAUAUGAAAGAGAAGCUGCUGCUGAGGAAGAAAGCUGAGCAGCUGAAAGUGGACUUGAUUCAGCAGCUGGACUCUCAGCUGAACGAGUUUGUCGACUCUCUGAUGGACGAAUCUCACGGUUUGGGUUCUUCUUCUUCACUGUCCGGUUCCUCUCGUCCUCCGACGGACAAAGAGGGAACCAAACUCGGAUCUUCUCACGGUCAGAAUAAACAGUUUGUGGUCCGGCGCUCUUUGCUGGACGAGCUGUUUGAGGUGAAUCACAUCCGUACAAUUUAUCACAUGUUCAUCGCCCUGCUCAUCCUCUUCAUCCUCAGUACGUUAGUUGUAGACUUCAUCGAUGAGGGACGGUUGGUGCUGCACUUUGACCUGCUGGUGUUUGCGUUCGGUCAGUUUCCCCUGGUGGUCGUUUCGUGGAUCUGCAUGUUUGUUUCGGCGCUCGUUGUUCCGUUCGCGCUUCUUCGCUGGUGGGCCGGCGUUUGUUCCUCAUCACACCAUCGAACCUCGUACACGCUCAUCGCCGUGACGCUGCUGCUGCUGUACCAAAGCGUCGGACUCGGCUUCCUGCCCACUUACAUAGUGCUGAGAAACAGCCUUCCUCCCGCGUCCUGCUUCAUCCUCAUCCUCGAGCAGGUGCGUCUGUUGAUGAAGGUUCAUUCCUUUAUCAGGGAGAAUGUGCCGCGGUUGUGGUCUUCAGGCAAAGCUGGCUCAGCUUCAGUGGCCGUGCCGCAUCUGAACUCGUACCUUUACUUCCUGUUUGCGCCCACUCUGAUCUACAGAGAGAGAUAUCCCAGGAACCCGUGUGUACGCUGGAGUUACGUGGCCACCAAGUUAUUACAGGUGUUGGGGUGUUUGUUCUACGCAUAUUACGUGUUUGUGCGUCUCUGCAUCCCUCAGUUUCGCAGCGUGAGCUCACAGCUGUUUGACCUCCGAGUGAUGGUGCUCUGUAUCUUCAACUCCAUCCUCCCAGGAGCACUGAUUCUCUUCUUGGCCUUCUUUGCCUUUCUGCAUUGCUGGCUCAAUGCAUUUGCUGAAAUGCUGCGCUUUGGAGACCGAAUGUUUUAUAGGGACUGGUGGAAUUCAACAUCAUUUGCCAACUAUUACCGCACGUGGAACGUUGUGGUGCACGACUGGCUGUAUUACUACGUCUAUCGGGACUUCCUGUGGAUGACGCAGAAACGUUUCCGAGCCACCGCCAUGUUUGUUGUGUUCACCGUCUCCGCUGUGGUUCACGAGUACGUUCUGGCCGUGUGUUUCGGGUUCUUCUACCCCGUCCUCUUCUGUCUCUUCAUGUGCUUCGGGAUGAUGUUCAACUUCAUCCUUCACGACCGGAGGACUGGGCCGGUGUGGAACAUCAUCGUGUGGACGGCUCUGUUUCUGGGUUUAGCGGUUCUGCUGUGCCUUUACUCUCAGGAGUGGUACGCUCAGAAAUACUGCCCCCUACAGGAGCCUUCUUUCCUCGACUUGCUGAAGCCGCGAUCGUGGACCUGCUACAUCCAGAACAGCCGUGCUGCCCAAGACGUCUGAUUGAUUUAUUUAUUUUUACAACCUUUUUUUUCUUUUUUUUUUAAACGCUCUCUGCAUUUUUGCACUAUAGUCACGGGCACAUCGAGUGACAAUCAUAAAUUAAAGCUGCAGGCGGCGAUGAACGGGCCCUCGCGCCCGGGUGCAUGGUGGGGCUGCUCUGCUCUGCCAGGGGAAUGCCAUUCCAUUUUUUUUUUUUAGCACUUUUUAGCAAUUGUACGUUGUCAGGAGUGUAUCACGAUGUAAAACAUGUAAUUUCCUGCUGCCAGCAGGUGGCGCUAUGACUGUAACUGAAUCUUGGCAUGUAGAUGUCUUCAGGCCGGGACUUUUAUCAAGCUUGUGUAGUUUGGAGCAGAUUGGACAUUGUAUGUUUGACUUGUAACAGAUUCCUGUUUCAUGGUGAAACAUCGAGUGUUACGAGACCGCCACGCCCACGCCGUGCAGCGCAAACUCGCACGCUUCGCAAUUCAGCGAAGGAUGUUAGAAGUCCAUCGCAACCUUGCUACGGCUUCCUGAUCCGGCCAUGAACACGAUUCCAAUACGUCCUUCUUAAAGGAUAUCUGAAAAUAUGUAUAUCAUAGACAUUUGGCUUAAAAAGUGUUGAUGUAGGGAGACUUUUGGGACUUCCUGUAUAGUGUCACUUCCUGUAAUGUAGAUCUACACAAGAUUUGUAUUUUAUGAACAGAGAAUUUUGCAAUUUUUAACAUUUAAUUAAUAAAGUUUUAAGUGGCAGCAAAUACAA